AUCACAAAAACUCUAAGUUUCAGCAAUAGGUUCAACUUUUCAAUAUUCUUCCUUUGAUCUCAUUUUCUAAACCCUAUUAACUAUCAUGGGUGUUCUAUCUUAUGAAUCAGAGUUCACUUCCUCUAUCCCUCCAGCUAGGCUUUUCAAGGCCUUUGUCCUUGAUGCAGACAACCUCUUUCCAAAGCUCGCUCCUAAUGCGGUUAAGUCUGUUGAAAUCAUUGAAGGAGAUGGAGGAGCUGGAACCAUCAAGAAGAUCACAUUCGGCGAGGGCAGCCACUUCAACUAUUCAAAGCAAAAGAUUGAAACAGUUGAUAAAGACAACUUCAUCUACGCCUACAGUUUGAUCGAAGGUGAUGCCUUGACAGACAAACUUGAGAAAAUCUCUUAUGAGAACAAGUUUAUAGCGGCUGAUGGAGGAUCCAUUAUCAAGAGCGUCAGCAAAUACCACACCAAGGCCGAUGACCAUGAAAUCACAGAAGACAAAAUCAAGGCAGGGAAAGAAAAGGCUGCUCAUCUCUUCAAGGUUGUUGAGAAGUACCUCCAAGAGAAUCCAGAUGCCUACAACUAAAACCAGUUUUAUGAUGUUUUCCUCUGUGUCAUUUUCAUUGAAGUGUGGUUUUUUGUUGUUGCGCCAAUCAAUGGCUUGUGCUUCUUCUUCUUCUUCUUUAAUCUUUUUUGUCAGAAUGUUUUAGUGUGAAGAUUUGUAUUUGUUUUUGUAUGGUCAAAUAAAAACAUCUGGUGAUUGAUCAGAAAUUAUAUUA